CCCAUCAUGUAAGUGCUGCGGAGAAUUCUUUGCAGUGCAAUUGCAAAAUUACCUCGUUUCCCGACGCCUGUGAGGGCUGUGCAAUUGUAACACCGCUCUUUGCACGGACACGCACGCCUCGGACGCAAAAAGGCUCCAAGUGCAUGAAGAUCGAGGCUUGUAUUUUGCAUCUUUGUUGCAAAGCAAGCCGCCGAGGCUCCAGUGCGAGGGCGAUGGAGGGAGGGAGUGAGAAAGAAGGCAAAGUCUUUUGUGCUUCCCCUCCCCCUCAUCAAAGCAAAGGGGAAAUGUCUCAGCCAAAGGGAGGUAAGAGGAAGCCGGUGCUCAAGCUCUCCAAGGAGGUGUUUGAGCAGCCUCCUCCUGCUGCAGUACCCCCGAGAGAUUUGGAUUCGAAAGCUUGUGUAACCAUCGGAGAAAAGAAUUUCGAGGUGAAGGCAGAUGACCUGGAGCAGAUCUGUGAGCUCGGCCGUGGAGCGUACGGAGUGGUGGAGAAGAUGAAGCACGUUCCCAGUGGCGUAAUCAUGGCUGUCAAGAGGAUUCGGGCCACAGUGAACACUCAGGAGCAGAAGAGGCUGCUCAUGGACCUGGACAUCUCCAUGAGGACAGUGGACUGUUACUACACAGUCACCUUUUACGGAGCGCUAUUCAGAGAGGGCGACGUAUGGAUCUGCAUGGAGCUGAUGGACACUUCCCUCGACAAGUUCUACAAGCAGGUGAUCGAGAAAGGCAAGACCAUCCCCGAAGACAUCCUGGGAAAGAUCGCUGUCUCGAUAGUAAAAGCUUUGGAGCAUCUGCACAGCAAUCUGCAAGUCAUACACAGAGAUGUGAAGCCCUCCAACGUGCUGAUCAACACUCAGGGCCAGGUGAAGAUGUGUGACUUUGGCAUCAGCGGCUACCUGGUUGACUCGGUGGCUAAAACCAUGGACGCCGGCUGUAAACCUUACAUGGCGCCGGAGAGGAUCAACCCGGAGACCAACCAGAAAGGCUACAACGUCAAAUCUGACAUCUGGAGUUUAGGAAUCACAAUGAUCGAGCUCGCCAUCCUGCGCUUCCCGUACGACUCGUGGGGAACCCCCUUCCAGCAGCUGAAGCAGGUGGUGGAAGAACCUUCACCCCAGCUUCCUGCCGACCAGUUCUCCCCCGAGUUUGUGGACUUCAGCUCUCUGUGCUUAAAGAAAGUUUCCAAAGAUCGGCCGAAUUACACAGAACUCAUGCAACAUCCUUUCUUCACCUCCCAUGAGGCCAAAGAAACCGACGUGGCUAGCUUUGUGAAAGUCAUCUUGGGGGACUGAGUUGCCACUCUUUCAAAAAGGAGACAGGUUGAAUCUGUUAAAAAGAAAAAGAAAAAAAAAACCCAACAACAAACAAACAAACAAAAAGCACCAAUCGCAGUCCCUGUUACCUGCAGGACUCCUUUCUGCCUCUCCGUACUCUCACCCCUCCCUCCAGAAACAGACAGACGGAGUCUAGAGGAGAAGCUGACGAAGCAGAAUGAGGAGCGCCCACCUUCACCUCCAUGUCCCCUGUAGAUACAUGACAUGGCAGGGGUGGAGUGGGGGGAAGGGAAGGGAGGGGAGACGGGGGUUAAACCAGUUUCAUUCACCCAUAAUCUGGAAUAAUUGAAGAUGUCUGUAUGCAAAAACUCCCCCUUUGGUUAGAUAUGUCUCACCUUUGUGCAUCGCCUACUACUCAAACAUUGUUGCUAUUAGUCAGCGAGUUGACCGUGUGUGUGGAGUUUUAACCUGUCAUAAUGGUCAACCCCAAGUUUUUUUUUUUCUUUUGCUGAAAAAGUGAAAAGAGGUGCAGAUUAUAUAAAAAAAAAAGAUGAAUGAUAUAAUGAUAUCUAUGUAUAAUCUAAACGUUUGUAUACUCAAGCAAGUGUUGCAUCGGUUUAUUAAUUGAAUGCAUGUACAGAAUAUAUCUCCUGGGUAAAAAUGGCCAGUGAGGAACAGUUGUAGAGUCCAAAGACCUGCAUAUGUACAGCCUCACUUCAAGGCUCCCUAGUGGUCACAAAUAGGUACUGCACUUCAACUGCUUUCCCUUGAUUACAGUGGAGGUCUACUACAUGUUUUGGGCUCUGGCUGCCUGUGAGAGUGUGUGUUUUUGUGUGCGUUGGUGUGUGUUUGCGUGUGAGAGGGUAAGUGUGUGAGCUGGUGCAUGAUAUGUUUGUGUGUGUUUUGUAGGGUUGCACGAUUCUAGAUAAAAUUAGAGUCGCGAUUUCAGUUGAGAUAAUGUUUUUUUUUCUCACUAAUCCUAGGGUAACUUCUUCAAUGAAAUGUUCCCUCUGCGAUCUUGUUGUACCUUCAUAUUGUGUAGUUGUAGUGUAGUUGUAUGAACUUGUGCCUUUGCUGUGCAGUGCUGCAACUACGUCCAAACUCUGCAGGCAGUUCAUCAUUUUUAAAUCUGAAAAAGUCUCUCAGAAAACAAUUUCUAUCUUUUAAUUAGGUUUGAGAUCGUACAAUUGGUUUGGAGGGAGUUAUUUUCUUGAUUAUGACCCUUUUUUAUUUUUGUCACAGUGUUAGACUGAAAUCUAUUAUUUUCAGUGGAAUCGCAGCAUUUUCUGCCUCCCAGCCAUUAUUGUGGCUUUGGUACCCUCAUAGAAUAUGUCAUCAUUGUGGUUUUCAGGUGAUUGCAUCAAGUCUUAUGUUAACAUUUUCUCACUGUUUAAAGCACUAAUUAUACUUUCCAUGUGACGGUCCACUUGGUGCUGUUGAGAGUCCGCACAGGCCGUCGGCAUACUGCUUAAAAUGCACAACCAAACACAGACUGUCCAUGUCCGCAUCCAUUUUAGCAAUCAGUGGAUUCACCUAUGGAUGGACAUGUAAAUCCACAUAUAGCUUUCCAGUUGAGUUCAACUUUUGGUGAUUUUGGACAAAGAUUUUAACCAUUGUCCUACUGGAAAAAUCAUCUUGGCCACUCUGAGUUUAGAAGGAAUGGAGAGAACCAGAAGGUCCAUUUGCACAAUCUGCAAAUAGCUCUACGUCACCAAGUUUCUGCACAAUCUAUUUUGUGAGGACAUGCAAGGCCGGGGAAGGCUUGCUAGCUCGUCCAACAUGUCAUCCAAGUGUUUAUAGCUGUUGAAGGUGGACACACUUGAAGAUGAGGCUAAUAGAAAGAAGGUACCACUUGAUAAUCGUUCAAAUGGGGGUAACAGAGCGCACUUUUCCAUCUCUCCUCAAAGACGUUCAUGGUGUUCACAUGAACAAAGAGACAAAAUUGAACAAACACCCAACAAAAGUGGACGUGAUUGUCAGAUUGUCAGUUUAGGCAAGUUACAUACUGUCUAUUUUCAGAUGCAUCCUCUUAACUCUUAUGUCUCCCUCACGGACAUCACAUUCUUCUUUAUUUCUGCUUCGUUUUGAGGAAAAAUUCGAAGCUCCCCGAUAAUACUAAUCACGUGAGGAUGUGAUUGUCCAGAGGAAAGGCUAAAAUCGUGACUCAAAUCGGAUCAAUCGUGCAGCCCUGCGUGAACACACAUGAUUUUAAUUGAGGUGUGUGUUGAUAUUGUGGUCAGUUGUGGGAGAAGUUCGCCCAUAUUCUCCUUGUUGUCUGUACUGAGCCAAUCACAACCCUCUCAACUCCAUGUUCAACAUGAAAAGAACUGGAUAUUAUUACUAUUAUUAUUAUUAUUAUUAUUAAUAUUAUAUUAAUUAUUGUUUUUAUUUAGAUCCAUUUCCCCCCCCCCAAACAUAUUAACUGCAGUUUCUCUUAUUUAUUACAACUGCUGUUUUCCCUCUGAAAACUUGACCGAUCCAUUAGAGACUGUGUUGUGUGUUUGUGUGGGCUGUGUAUGUUUUUUUUGUCGUGUUCUUCUUGGCUCAAACACGUAAAAUGCUUUUAAACUGUAACUUGCAAGCCUUCUAUGUGCCUCUCUAUAGAAAACGACUUAGGAAAAAAUGAUGUCUUGUAAUAAGCAUGAUGCAGGGAUGUCAGCCUCUCCCAUCAUAUUGGCUUCCUCCCUCUUCACUCUCUGCAUGGUGUCGUAAAUCCACUUCUCGUUGGCUUUCAUUUUACUUUGUAGAUCGAGCUCGAGUUUAUCAGUAUUUUUCUUUUAUAUUCAUCUCUGGUGUUGCCUUGUUUCUUGGCUUUUUUUCUCCUGGUGGCUUCUGAUGGCAGAAAGCGUUGGGCUACUCACUCAAAGCUCCUUUUAGUUGUUAUGCAAGUACUACUCUACUGUCAAAAAUCGGAAACUUCAAGUACAGUAUGUGGCAGGAUGGUAGGACGUUGUCACAUUUGGAGAAUUUACAUAAUCAUCUUGUCUACAAAUACUUUGUUACUGGGUUAUCACGUGAUGUUUUUUUUGUUGUCUGUCUCAGUUUUGGUCUGUUUAGCUUUGCUGAAGCUGUUUGAUUGUUGUUCAAAGGUUUUAAUCCGUGAUGUAAAUGUAGACAAAGAUGAUUGGAAUCUGCUAUGGCUCCUAAUUUGAUUAGGUCUUAAAUUCAACCUUUCUUUUUAGUCAUUAUGGUACUGUACAACUCCGGGCAGACUCUACAACCAAAACCCUAAAAAUAUGAUGUCUAACAGUCCAACGGCAUAGAAAAUCCUUGAAAUUUUGAUGUCAAAAUUCAUCGGAGCAGUAGGAAAAGCUGUUAAUGCAACAUGGACAUAAUAUCACAUAAUAAAAUUAUGUUUGCCCAUUUAUUCGUCCUGCACAUAAGUAUCAACAUCAGCGAGCCGUGUUUCUGGCUAACCAACAAAAAGAAGUCCAAUCUUGGCACUCCUUGUAGUUCAGUUUUGGUCUCCAAUAAAAUCUGAGGGAAAUAUCUCAGAAUUUCAAUUUUUGCUUUUUUUCAUUAUUUCAUCAUAAUUAAAGCGGCUAUGUGUAGAAUUCAAUUUCUUUACUUUGGCACCCUCCAGUGGUAGUAUCAAAGACAUUAUGGUAUACAGUACAGAAAUGCACACAGCAAGAUUAUCUUAAUUCUCUGUUAGAAUAAUUAGAACGAUGCUACUGUUAAAUGAAAAUGCUCGACGUAGUGACUAUAAAGUCGUCAAAUAUGCAAAUAGUGUAAUUUAUAUUGUCAGAAAAUUGCAGAUUCGUCCUUUAACAAACUAAGGUAAAGGUUCAUUGGAUUCAUCAGCACUUGAGUCUUUGCUCUAUUUUGCCGCCUCUCCAAACAAACUCUUUUGUUCUUAGUCCAGUACAGUCCGCGCUGUCAUUUACACUCAUACACUAGGGAGUUUCCUGUUUUGUAGCAGACCUGCAACCUUCCUUUCACCCUUCACACCAUAAUCUGCUCCCUGUGGGGCUCAGAUCCCACGGCCUUUGGCUUACUGUUCAGGAGGUGAUUCCUCAGAGUUCCUCGUAGUGUUAUGAACAGAAGAAUGCACGGCUCAUAAAGCUUCCUUCGGUCUUUAUUUGCUGUACUCAACUGUCAACCUCCUCCAUUAAUUCCUCCCAUAACGGUUAUCAAACAUUUCAGCACAGCCGAUUCUACUGGAAGGCAGGUGAAGCACAGUGGUGUUUUCCUGCUAUGUGCAUCUUUUAUUGCCACUUUGCUAAUUUGUCCUUUGUAAUGAAGGUAAAUCGGAGGAUAAUCUAUCAGACAAAACUCACUGCCAGUCACCAUAAUGAGUACAUUAAGGCUUCCCUCAUUAGUACAUUUCUGUGCCAAAAAUGGUAAUAUACUUUUGAGAAGCUCCAAUUACCCUUAGUGUUUUAUUGCAUGAUGAAAUCAGUGAAAUUCAAGUCAUACUUUUCCUCAGUAGAGUGAAAAGGUUGUCCAGGUGCAGUACGGUCUGUCACAGGUCAGCCCUCAUCCGUUGUAUUCAUCCUGCACGCUGGUUAUUUUCUUCUAGAAUAGACCCUGAGGAUCUCAUGAUGAGCCUUCCAGUGACCUCUUUGUUCGUCAGAUAAUCAGCAUCACUUUCUCUAAUUUCAUGUGACUAAAAGAGCCGGGGGAGAACAGGCAGGGUUCACGUGGAGCCAGGCUCGAGGCACAGGGAGUUUUUUGAGGAGGGUGACAGUGUGUGCAGCUGUCCUGCUGCUUGAUGAGCAACGCGUCCAGACACUCUUACAUCCCACCUGCGCUGAAAAUAACAGGAUGCUCCUCUUUCCUUCAUCAUCACGUGCAUGCUCUUGUAGCAGUGAUUCGUGUUUGUGUGUGUGUGUGUGUAAUAGUUGUUGGUGUUUCAAGUGCCUAACGAUGCAUUUGUCUGUCUAUUCUAUCUCUUGUGAAUGAUGCUUUAACACUGUUUUUAACCCUUCACGUCCCUCCUCUCUGGGACACACUGACACUGCAUGUUGCUGUGAUGUUUUGCACUGUACUGAGGAGCCAUAUCACAUUACGUGUUACUGUAAAGAAACGGUCAUUAGGAUUAUCAAAAGGUUGCAGUCUAUGUGGACUUUUUUUCAGUUAAAGCAAAGUGCUUUCGGCUUUGUUUAGAGAGCGUGAAAUUAUGAGGUUCUGACUUUUUUUUUAAUUGAAAUUGUAGCACUGUAAAUUCUCAAAUAGUAGCUGUCUUUACCCCUUAAGAGGCUUAUAUUUAACAAAGGUUAUAUAUAAGUAUAUUUAAGUAAUAUCUGCUCCAAUUUGCAGAGUUAAUUUUUUGUUACUGCGGUUUGCUGCUAAUUGAAACACUUUGUUUAUUUAACAUUGUUUAAGCCUUCCAGAGGUUUAUUAACUCUUAAAAGAUGAGGCUCGGGAUUUUUCUUUUACUGUCAACAAAUUUCAUGUGUGGAGCCAAUCGAUCAAUUCAUUGAUGGUUUGUCUCUGCUCAUGAGAUUUGUUGUCAAUAAGUAAAAUAUUAAAAAAACCAUCAGCCGUACCCUUUAAUGUACGAUUAACGGCUGCAAGUGUUUCAUUUAAAAGGAAGCUUGUUACACAUUGUAUAUUCUUGACAGGCUUUUGGAGUUCAUUUUCUUUCUUUUUAUUUUUUUAUUUUUAUUUUUUACAACAUUUCAAAUCCUGCAUUGUUUACAUUCAUGUUUACUUAGCUAGCAGUCGUCCUCAUCCUUACCUUCGUUGGCACAUUUCUGCAUUUUUUGGCGCAUUACCACCACAGACUACCAAUCAGUGAAAUAGUGCUUGUUUGUGCAAACAAUUUAGGAGACACAUAAAAAAAUAUGGCCCAAUAACAAAUACGUCUGGUCAUCAGAGUAGUAUAAAUUUACAUUAAAGAGAAACAGUGUAAUGUAAUAUACUGUACUAAUACUGUUAGUGCAUUCUAAUUUUAACCAGUCUUUGGUAGUGAACACAAUCUUUUGUAUUGCAGUUACACUCAAAAAUAAACUAAAUUAAACAUUUCAGAGGUAUCGGCAUGCAUGCUAAAUUGUGCUGUUAAAGGACAGUAUUGUCCCACAAUGCAGUCUGUAAAGGAGAAGAAGGAGUUACUCACAACUGGAAAAUAUUUACACUAAUUGCAGCGACGGGAAGAUUUCAUUACACUAAACAAAAAAGAUUAAAGAUGAACUUUUGGAGAAAACAUUUUGCUUUCUCUUUUAUUGGCGACAGCUUUCCAAAUUUACAGUUUGAUUAACAUCUGUUCAUAAAUGUGUUGGAUACUAACAACAAACAGUUAAAAUAUGUAUAUAGUUCAUGCUGGAUAAUAUAGGUAUGUAAUAUAAGUUUGGGAUUCAACAAAACUGUUGAGAAAUUAGCACACAUAUCACUAAUCAUGUUUUUUUUUACUCUCUUUAUAUGUUCAAAUAGACCAAAGACCAAGGCUUAUAUUUGAGAAUUUACAGUAUCCACCUAUUAAUGAUGAUAUUAAAUUAAUUUAUGGCUGUGUUGAGUUUUUAAUAGGUGUCCUUUUUCAUCCUCAGAAAAAUAAAUGAAGUACUUUGAAGUGCUUUUUUUGUCAGAUAGUAAUUCUCAGAACCUUAUAACUGCACACUAGCGGCUUAUUUCCUCUGCUCAGCAAACGGCGACGACACUUCUGCUCACAGCUGACUCAUAUUCACUUUUCAAUAGGCUGUAAUGAGAAAAGAGUCGAGUCGAGUCCAAUCACCCGUCACAUGGCAUUUUCCACUGUGUGUAUGUGUGUGUGUGUGAGAUUCUGCUUAUGUGUAUAUGUAUGCAUUUGUCUGUCCCGGUCAGCGUGCUGGUCAGAGGGCAGCGUUAUCCUUACUCUGCUGUUCCUCUCCCGGGAGGUAAUGAAGCCAGAUAAAACAGUCAUCGCCCUCCACAGAAACUACACCAAGAAAAACGUGUUUCUUUUUUUUUUUUUCUUUUUUUAUUCGAGCUUCUGUUACACGUCAGGCUUUGUGUUUUCUCUGCGAGCCUUCUUGUACGUCUGCUUGCAUGUGGGAUUUCCCGUCCGUGAGCCACAAAUAGACUCCUGCUCACCUGCUGAGUAAACGUCUGGCACUUGCAGGGGGUUAACAGGGGCAGGACGUCCAAGUGGAAACUGUCCUUCAUGGGCGAUCAUUGUCACAUCCCAUCGCGAUUCCCCUCUUAACCUCUUGAGUUUAUCUGAGCACCCAACAACAGGCAAGAAUUUCUGGAUGAUGCGUCCGCAACGUCCAAUAGGCAACCGGCUUUUACUGGAACAAGAGGUUUCUUUUUACGUGCCUGGGUCAGAUAAAUGCACGAGGCUCGGAGAGAAUCAAAGGAAAUUUCGCUCACGUUCUUCCUCAUCCUCGAAAAAUGAGUCAGUGGAUGAAUCAAACUGUAUGAGGAAAGCUUUAUAAAAAUGUGUUCUGCUAAAUUAUAGACUGUAAAUCUGAUGUUUGUGUGUGUGUGUGUGUGUGUGUGUGAACCGUGCUGAGGUUUCUUGAACGCUUUUGUUUUUAACCCCGUUGCACAACAUUUCUCACUCUCGAGCGUUCCUCGAGGGUUGCCGGCGAAUACUACGACAUGACUUGUGAACCGUGGAGCUUUCUGUUUCUCUGUUGCAGGUGGUAAAACUGCUGGUACACACAGCUGUAUGUGACUUCUGAUGUUGCGGUGUUGUGUUCUUUUAUUCGGGGUUGGGGGAUGUGUCGGGGGCAGGCAGGUUUUUUUUCCAGAAAUAACAACAACAAAAAAAACACGUAUCCAGAGAUGCUACUGUACGUGGACGAGGGGUGUCUUGUUGCUGUCGGGUGGGGAUCGGGGAGGGUUACCGUGGCUACAGCUCCUUGCCCCAUGGGAAGUGAAGUUCUCAAUAUAUUUACACGUCUCUAAAGCCUCUGCUAAAGACUGAUGACUGUUCAUUUAGAGCUCAAUGAAUUUCUAUAAAUAUUUUAGAUUGCUCAAACUGAUUGUGUGCAAUUGUAAUGAUGGAAAUUCAAUAAAAAAGAGGUAUUUUUA